AUGUCUGAUAUAGGAAAAGAGUCCAAGGAGGACUCUUUGAACAGAUUGGAGAAACAUAAAACUGUUUCGUCUUCUUCUGACAAAGAAGACGUUGAAGACUAUACAGGGUUUGACGCCCAAGAGGUCCAGCAGUUGGCAAAGACAUUCACGAAUGACGACACUAGCUCAGCUGCCGGUUUGAGAAGGUAUUUAACACACAUGUCCAUGGUUCCUGGUGUGAAUCCCGUCGAGGAAGACAUGGGAGAUGAGAGAUUGGAUCCCAACUCAGACAAUUUUGAUGCCAAAUUCUGGGUCAAGAAUAUGAGAAAGUUAUUUGAAAAUAAUCCAGACUACUACAAACCUUCUAAAUUGGGUGUAGCAUAUCGAGACUUGAGAGCUUAUGGUACAGCAAAUGAUACAGACUAUCAGCCAACAGUGACAAAUGCUCUUUGGAAGAUUGCCACAGAAGCCUUGGGACAGUUGAGAAAAGAAGACGAGUCAAAAAUGUUCAACAUUUUGAAACAUAUGGACGCUAUAAUGAGACCCGGAGAGCUCACAGUUGUUUUGGGAAGACCAGGUGCUGGUUGCUCCACAUUGUUGAAAACUAUUGCCGUCAACACUUACGGUUUCCACAUUGGUAAGGAAUCAAAGAUAACCUAUGAUGGUUUAACGCCAAAAGAUAUAACCAAGCACUAUCGUGGAGAUAUUAUCUACUCCGCUGAAACUGAUGUCCACUUUCCACAUUUGUCAGUAGGGGAUACUUUGCAAUUUGCAGCCAGAUUGAGAACACCACAAAAUAGAGGUGAAAAUGUGGAUAGAAAGAAGUAUGCAGAGCACAUGGCCGAUGUGUACAUGGCCACAUAUGGGUUGUUACAUACCCGAAAUACCAAUGUCGGUAAUGACUUUGUUAGAGGUGUUUCAGGAGGUGAAAGAAAGAGAGUGUCAAUUGCUGAGGCUUCAUUGAAUGGUGCUAAUAUUCAAUGCUGGGACAAUGCCACCAGAGGGUUGGACUCAGCCACAGCAUUGGAGUUCAUCAGAGCAUUGAAGACAUCAGCAGCGAUCUUGGAUACUACCCCCUUGAUUGCUAUCUACCAAUGUUCACAAGAUGCAUACGACUUAUUCGACAAGGUUGUUGUGUUGUACGAGGGAUACCAAAUCUUUUUUGGUCGCGCCGAUAAAGCCAAAGAAUUUUUCGUCAACAUGGGGUGGGAUUGCCCACAAAGACAAACCACUGCCGAUUUCUUAACUUCUUUGACUAACCCAGCAGAAAGGAAGCCACGUCCAGGGUUUGCAGAUAAAGUGCCCCGCACAGCCGAAGAGUUUGAAACAAGAUGGAAAAAGUCACCAGAGUAUGCUGCUUUAACCAAGGAGAUUGAUGAGUACUUUGCUGAAUGUGAAAAGCUCAACACCAAGCAAAAAUUUAAAGAGGCCCACAUCGCCAAACAGUCUGACCAUGUUAAGCCCGGCUCAUCAUAUACAGUCUCUUUCUACAUGCAAGUGAGAUACCUCAUGUAUCGCAACUGGCUUUUAACAAAGGGUGAACCAUCGGUGACAAUCUUUACCAUAGUUGGUCAGUUUGUCAUGGGUCUUAUUCUUUGUUCAGUGUUUUACAACUUGCAACAAGACACAGGAUCAUUUUACUACAGGGGUGCUGCCAUGUUCUAUGCUGUAUUGUACAAUGCUUUUUCAUCGCUUUUAGAAAUUUUGGCUCUCUUUGACGCCAGGCCAAUUAUUGAAAAACACAAAAAGUAUGCUUUAUAUCGUCCCUCUGCCGAGGCAUUUGCGAGUGUGAUAACGCAACUACCAGUAAAGGUUGUAUCAUCAAUGUCGUUCAAUUUUGUAUUCUACUUCAUGGUCAAUUUCAGACGAAAUCCGGGCAGGUUCUUUUUUUACUGGUUGAUUUGCUUUUGGUGUACUUUAGUCAUGUCGCAUAUUUUCAGGUCCAUUGGAGCAAUGUCUAAAUCCAUAUCAUCUUCAAUGACGCCAGCAACGACAAUAUUAUUGGCGAUGGUUAUAUACACUGGAUUUGUCAUUCCCACGCCGAAGAUGUUGGGAUGGUCGAGGUGGAUCAAUUACAUUAACCCCAUCGGGUAUGUCUUUGAGUCACUCAUGUGCAACGAAUUCCAUGACAGAGAAUUUAAAUGUACUGAGUUUAUCCCAUCCGGCUUGGGAUACAACAAUAUACCCAACGAGAAUAGAAUUUGUUCUACAGUAGGAUCGAGACCGGGAAAUGAUAUCGUUAAUGGUUCUGACUAUAUCAGAGUUGCCUAUAGCUACUACAACUCCCACAAGUGGAGGAACUUUGGUAUAACUGUUGGAUUUGCAGUCUUUUUCUUUUUCGUUUACAUCGCAUUGACCGAGUUUAAUAAAGGUGCUAUGCAAAAGGGUGAAAUUGUUUUAUUUUUGAGAAGCUCCUUGAAAAAAAUCAAACGCCAAAGGUUGGACAAUGACUGCGAAUCUGGGGAGAAUGAAAAGCUUCCCCACAGUACAGAGACAGAAAAUAGUGGUAACAGGUUGGAACUUUCAAGCAACAACGAGAUCUUCUUAUGGAGAGACUUGACCUAUAAAGUGAGGAUUAAAACGGAGGAUAGGGUGAUUUUGAACCACAUUGAUGGGUGGGUCAAACCGGGCCAGAUUACCGCCUUGAUGGGUGCUUCCGGUGCCGGUAAAACAACGUUGUUGAACUGCUUGUCAGAGAGACUCACCACAGGGGUCAUAACCGAUGGUGUCAGAAUGGUGAAUGGCCACUCUCUCGACUCAUCGUUUCGAAGAAGCAUUGGUUAUGCUCAGCAACAAGACAUUCACCUUCCAACAUCGACAGUCAGAGAAGCACUUCAAUUUUCUGCCUACUUGAGACAAUCAAACAAGAUUCCAAAGAGUGAGAAAGACGCUUACGUAGACUACAUCAUUGAUUUGUUGGAAAUGUCAAAUUAUGCAGACGCAUUGGUUGGUGUUGCAGGAGAGGGCUUAAACGUUGAACAGAGAAAAAGAUUAACCAUUGGAGUGGAAUUGGUGGCUAAGCCUAAGUUGUUGUUGUUCCUUGACGAGCCUACUUCAGGUUUGGACUCACAAACUGCGUGGGCUAUCUGCAAGUUAUUGCGAAAGUUGGCUGACCACGGACAAGCAAUAUUGUGCACCAUUCACCAGCCAUCGGCGCUUUUGAUGCAAGAGUUUGACAGGUUAUUGUUUUUGCAACAAGGAGGCGAGACCGUGUACUUUGGCGACUUGGGAGAAAACUUUGAAACGCUAAUCAACUAUUUUGAGAGGAAUGGUGCUGACCCAUGCCCCAAGACUGCCAAUCCUGCUGACUGGAUGUUGCAAGUGGUUGGUGCUGCCCCAGGGUCGCAUGCAAAGUAUGACUAUUUUGAAGUAUGGAAGAAUUCUCCUGAAUACUCUUCCAUUCAAAGGGAAUUGGACACUAUGGAGAACGAGUUAUCAAAACUUCCUCGGGAUGACGACCCAGAAACAAAGUUUAAAUAUGCCGCCCCGAUUUGGAAACAGUACCUCUUGGCUACUAAAAGAGCCAUGUUACAAAACUGGAGAUCACCAGGAUUCAUCUAUGCCAAAUUCAUCUUGGUCGUCUUGGCAUCGUUGUUCAAUGGAUUUUCUUUCUUCAAGGCUGACAAAUCGAUACAAGGCUUGCAAAACCAAAUGUUUUCCGUGUUUCUUUUCUUUGUUCCCUUCAACACCCUUAUUGAGCAAUUGCUUCCGCAAUAUGUGAAGCAAAGAGAGGUUUACGAAGUUAGAGAGGCACCUUCACGAACAUUCAACUGGUUUGCAUUCAUCAUGGCACAGAUAACCGCCGAGUUUCCUCCUCAAAUACUAGUUGGUACAGUGGCGUACUUUUGUUGGUAUUACCCUAUUGGUCUAUAUGCCAACGCAGAGCCCACGCAUGCGGUAAAGGAACGUGGUGCGUUAAUGUGGCUAUUCAUCAACUCUUUCUUUGUAUACACCAGCACCAUGGGUCUCAUGUGUAUCUCAUUCAUCGAGUUGGCAGAUAACGCAGCCAAUCUAGCUACCAUAUUAUUCACAAUGUGCUUGAAUUUCUGUGGUGUUCUCAAGCCAGGAGAUAAACUUCCGCGUUUUUGGAUAUUCAUGUACCGUGCUAAUCCUUUCACUUACAUGGUGCAAGGCAUCUUGGCUACAGCUUUGGCCAACUCUAAAGUUGUAUGCAGCAAGGCUGAAUUGUUGAGUCUCAAUCCACCAAAGGGACAGACAUGCCAAGCAUUUCUACAACCGUAUGUCGAUGCAGCUGGUGGAUAUAUUUUGGAUGGAAAAAGUGGUUGCCAGUUGUGCCCCAUGAGCUCAACAAAUACCUUUUUGGAUUCUAUAGAUGCAAACUACAGUGAAAGGUGGAGAAAUUUUGGAUUGGUGAUUGUGUUUAUUGCAAUCAAUAUUGUUUUCACGGGGCUCUUUUACUGGUUAGCGAGGGUACCCAAGGGGGACCGUGAAAAGAUCAAGAAAGGGAAAGAGUAA